AUGAGGAUCCUGUUGAUAUUCACCCUGCUGGCCUUCAUGACAGGUUGUGUGACCUCCUUCAUAGUGACUGGAUACUCUGGAGGAACUGUCAUCAUCUACUGUUAUUAUAACAUAGAAGAGGAGAGUAAUGGGAAAUAUUUCUGCAUGGGGCAGAACAGUUUAAGUUGUGAGGAGAAAAUAAGAACAAGGAACACCAGCCGGGAGUGGAAUCACAGAGGUAGAGUCUCUCUGUUUGAUAACACUGGGGGAAACUACAUCAUGGUGGUCAUCAGACAACUGACCAGAGAAGAUGAAGGAACCUACCGGUGUGGAGUGGACAAACCUGAUGUACCUGACAGUUAUACCAAAGUGGAGCUGGAGGUCAAGGAAGAUAUAUGCUGUAAUAAGUCCCUCACAGAGAUGGUCUAUCUGGGAGGAGAAGCUAACAUAAUAUGCAACUAUCAAGAGGAACAUGAGUACAGCCCCAAGUAUUUCUGCCAGGAAAGGAAUGAUUUUAAGAAAUGUUCUAACAUCAUAUCUGCUGAUUCAACAUCAAACCAAUUUGGGAGAUUCUCUCUGAUUGACAACCGAACAGAGAAACGCUUCACAGUGACCAUCAGAAACCUGACUGAAGAUGACACUGGGACAUACUGGUGUGGAGUACACAAAAAUUACAUUUCAUUGAUUACUAAAGUACAGCUCAGUGUGAUUGGUAAGUAA